ACAAAACAAUGGUGUUCAAAUAAUAAAUCAUAAUAUUGUAUAUCCUUUUUCAUUUUGGUUGCAAUCUUUGAACCGUAAUUAGCAAGAUGUGUACCGGAAGAAACAUAAGACGGAACAUUGUCCAUAUAGGAACUAUAGCUUUAUCGGAAGCACUUGCUACUUGCAUAUUGGUGUUUAUCACUUGCUUAGGAAGCGUUCCCAACAUGGCAUUGGAGACAAUCGGCAUUGUUCAAGCCGCUAUUACAAGCGGAAUGGCUGUUAUGAUUGCAAUUUUCAUUUUUGGUCACAUUUCGGGAGCCCAUGUAAAUCCUUCCGUUUCCCUAGCCGCUGUAAUUUGCGGCCAUCUAAGACUCACAAUGUGCGUUGUGUACAUUGUUUCCCAAUUAAUUGGAUCGUCCAUUGGUUACGGCUUAAUAAGAGCUAUUACACCUUAUUAUUACAUCGAAAUGGACAUGUCGGUGUGCGUCAACAGCGUGUCGAAUAGCAUAACAUUGGGGCAGGCUUAUUUAACAGAGCUUUUGCUAAGUUUGGUUCUGGUCUGGGCGAAUUGCGCCGCAUGGGACGAAAGGAAUCAAAACAAAAAGGAUUCGGCGCCAUUGAAAUUUGGAUUCUUAAUAGCCGGUUUGACAUUUGCAGGAGCGGGAUAUACAGGAGCAAGCAUGAACCCAGCUAGGAGCUUUGCACCCGCUCUGUGGAAUUGGAACUGGGAAAACCACUGGGUUUACUGGGCUGGACCUGUUUCAGCAGGAAUAUUUGGGGGAAUAGUUUACAGAUUUAUCUUUUCGAAAACUAUACAAUAAAUCGGAAAAAGCCCAAAAUUCAAUGGGUCGCAACAAAUUUGCAAUUUCGAUCACGAAGUAGCUACGUAAUAUGGAAUAAGGUAUUCUUGAUACAAAUUGUAAUUGUAUUAGAUAUAAAUAGUGGCACUAGUAAAUAAUAAAAGAAAUUGUUUUAAA